AUGGAGAUCAAGAAGGAUCCAGAAUAUCGAAGACCUCCUGAGGCGCCACAGAAUCAGAACUCAGAUCGGUAUUGUGAGUUCCACGAGGUCAACGGGCAAUACACAGAGGGCUGCAUCGCCUUGCGGCACCUAAUUGAAAAGUUUAUCGAAAAUGGUAAACUUGUGCGAUUCUUGGGAAAACAAAGGCAUCCUCGGGAAGAGAGAGUAAGGCGAGAAGAGCACCGAGGAAGGCCAACGUGCCCAACCCAUGAGCCUCAACAUCAAGCUAACCUCCAGGAAAUCUGCACCAUAAUUGGAGGAUUCGCCGGGGGAGGAGAAUCAAGGAGAGUGAGGGAGGCCUACGCCCGACAACUGGAAGGCUCUCACAAAGUCUAUACUGUCAGGAGGCCCGUGAAGCAGUCCCGAAGAACCGAGAUGGUGAUCGGAUUCUCGGAUGUGGACUACCUGGGUAUCUCGCACCCACACACGGACACUUUGGUUAUCACCCAAACGGUGGCGAAUCAUAACGUCCAUCGCAUCCUUGUGAACAAUGGGAGCUCAGCAGACAUCCUGUAUCGUUCUGCAUUCAAGAAGUUAAAUCUGAGACAGGAGAAAAUCGUCCCAACCAACUACCCCUUGAUGGAAUUCAUGGGGGAACAAGUACAGCCGAUCGGAUCAAUUGAGCUACCGGUCACAGCCGGGUCAUACCCAAGACAGGCAACUAUAAUGGUUCGUUUCCUGUUGGUCGACAGACCUUCUGCUUACAAUGCCAUUAUUGAAAGAAUGGCUCUCAAUGAACUAAGAGCCAUCACAUCAACCCCACACCUCAAGGUGAAAUUCUUGACAGAUCACGGAGUCGGGGAAAUUAGGGGUGAUCAAUGGGCAGCUCAGCAAUGUUACAAUAUUUCUAUGAAAGAAUGCCCAAAAAUUCCAGCCCGGGGAACACCAGCAAGGAGGAAAGAUAACAAUUAA